UGAUUUAGGAUUAUGUAAACCUGUAAAAUAUUUUCAAUCAUCUAAAAAUAAUGAUAUUUAUGGUAUUUUACCAUUUGUAGCACCUGAAGUUUUAAGAGGUCAACCUUAUACUUUAAGUAGUGAUAUUUAUAGUUUUUCUAUAAUUAUGUGGGAAUUUAUAUCUGGAAUUCCUCCAUUUGAUAAUGAAGCUCAUGAUUUUCAACUUAGCUUAGAUAUUUGUAAAGGCAAACGUCCUAAAAUCAUUGGGGAUAUUCCACAAUAUUAUUGA